UUUACAUUCAUAUGUCGUAAAAGAAAACAGUUCAUUUCAGUAAUUGUUUGUUGUGCUUACUUGCACGCUUUGGCUGCAAGUUUCUUAUAACUAAACAUCAACUGUCCUUUUAGUACUGAAAACCCAAAAUGACACAUUGGUGUGCAGUUCCGAAAGUGUAUGAUCCACUGAAAGCUGGGAGCAUCGAUGGAACUGACACAGAACCUCAUGAUAGAGCAAUUUUACGUGCCAUGAAUGCCAAAUACAAACCAAACAAAAGUGUUGUUGGUGAUCCAGAGAAUACAGUCUUUGUUGGCCGUCUCAGUCCAAACACUGAUGAAGAAAUGAUAGAGGAACAUUUCAAGAAAUAUGGGAAGAUAAAACGAUUGCGUCUUGUGAGGGAUAUUGUGACAGGGUUUUCACGUUGUUAUGCUUUUGUUGAGUACUUCAACAAUGAUGACGCUUAUGGGGCACAGAGAAACGCGGAUAAGACAAUUCUUGAUGAGAAAGAGAUUUAUGUAGAUUUUGAAUGUGAAAGAACAAUGAAAGGAUGGAUACCAAGAAGACUUGGUGGUGGCAUAUGUGGAAAGAAAGAAUCUGGCCAGUUAAGAUUUGGUGGCAUAAAUAGACCAUUUAAGAAACCAUUCAAUGUAGACAGUAUACAAAAUACAGAAGGUUCAACAUUUCGUGAGAGACUUGAUGUACAGGAGAGAGGGGACCUGAGGGACAGAGAUAGGUAUAACAGACCUGAAGGGAACAUGUACAGCCAAAGAGAUAGAGGUCAAAGAUCUGGUGACAGAAGGUCUAGGGACAGGUCAGAGAAGGGUCAAAGUUCACGAGAUCGGAGGUCAAGAAGCAGAACAUCUGAGCGUUCUAGACAUAAGCAUUAAUUGACAAAUAGUCAUAUUGAUUUUAAUUGUAAUUACCUGAUGCCAAGUAGCUAUUUGUUUAGUUAUUUGAAAUGUGUUCCGUUAUUAUACAGUAAUGAGUAUUCGGUCUAAACAUCGGUGAUCACAAUGCUUGUAGAAAAUGUCAGAUUGCUUACGUUCAUAUGUAAUAUGUUACCUUCUGAAAAUAAAUAUUUAUUAUUAUUA